CAGAGCAACACACAAGAAGAGAAACAAGGAGAAAACACCAGCAACAAGAGAAAGAAGAAGAAGAAGACGAAGGAGCAGAAGCAGUGACAGGACAGAGCGGAGAAUGUGUCCUGUGUGGCUAUUAGUGGCUGUGGUGGUUGUGGGCGUGGCCAGAGGAGCUGUCAGUCAGUGCUGGGAGAAUCCGAACUGCCAGGAGGUGACCUCCGAGAGCAGCGUGAUGGAGUGCAUCCAGCUCUGUCACGCUGACCUCACCGCCGAGACCCCCGUCAUCCCGGGCCACGCCCACCUCCAGCCUCCCCCGCUGUCAGACGCCGCCUUUUUCAUCCUGCCUCCCUCCUCCUCCUCACCUCAGGCCAAGCGCUCCUACUCAAUGGAGCACUUCCGCUGGGGGAAGCCGGUCGGUCGCAAGCGUCGCCCAAUCAAAGUCUACACCUCCAAUGGCGUGGAGGAAGAGUCUGCCGAGGUUUUCCCCAGAGAGGUGAGGAGGCGGGAGCUGGCCAGAGAGCUUCUGUUGGCAGCGCAGGAGGAGGAAGAGGCGCAGGACGCCAUUGAAGAGGAGGAGGAGGAGGAUCUGCAGCUCCUGGGUGGCGUCCAUCAGAAAAAAGAUGGUUCGUACAAGAUGAAGCAUUUUCGCUGGGGCGUCCCGCCAGCGACUAAACGCUACGGCGGUUUCAUGAAGAGCUGGGACGAGCGCAGCCAAAGGCCGCUGCUCACGCUCUUCAAGAACGUCAUGAACAAAGACGGACAGCAAUGAAGGGGGGGGGGGGGUUGUGUCAACUUUUACACAGCUCAUCAUUAGACGGCGAGUCGUUGUCAUUGUUAGGAGACGAAUGAGCGACAGAGUAAAAAUCUCAGAAACUGCAAUCUGAUCCCGAACGACUGGAAGACAGAAGAGAGAGCGUGAGGACAAUGUUUUGAUAUUAAUCGAUUCAUGUAAAUAACUGUAAAUUUAAAUGAAAUCAUAAAAAGAUAUUUGCAAGCAACAGAA